AUUUAAUCAGCGUUGAACAUAAAAAGUUUAAAAACUUUUCAAAUAAAUUUAAAAUAUGCUUUAAAUAAUCGAAACUUGAAUUAUAUUUAACAAAAAUAUAGAUUAAAAUUUAACAAAUAUAUUUUAGUAACGCGUUUAUUAGAGCUCAUCAGAAAUUUUUAUUUUGACGUGUUUUCAAUAACAUCUUAAUCGUUUUAAAUCUGAAAAUGUCAAAUGCGAUAAAAAAGUUUGAGAUCCACCUGGACCAUGAUAUCGAUGAGAAGUAUCAGUACGAACCCGGUGAGCCACUUUCCGGAAACAUUGUUUUGGUGCUGGGAGAAGAUUUGUUUAUUAAAUCUAUAAAAGUUCAAAUAAGAGGCGAGGCUAUGGUAGGUCUUGAUGACGAAGAUGCUAAUAAAUCACCAGAAACUUCGUUGCGAGCGUCCGAGAUAUACGUUGAUGACAUUGUAUCUGUGUUCGAUGAACAGAAACCAACAACGCUUCCACGAGGAAAUCAUAGUUUCCCUCUCAAUUACGUUCUACCGACAAACUUACCCUCAUCAUUUAUCGGAAAACUCGGUAGCAUCACUUAUGUUAUAAAGGCGACAGUAAAGCAAGGUUUCGAGAAUCAAGUCAGUAUCGGAUCGAACAUAACGAGUGAACCCUUUCUUGUCCUGCGUCAGCAUGACCUCAAGAAAUAUCCUGAACUAUUUCGACCCAAGCACGUUCGCUUGACCAAGUCAUCGACGUGCAGUUUUUUGUUUUGCAAUAAAGGAAAAUUGGAAGCUGAAUUUCAAGUUUACAAGACUGGGUUCUUGCCGGGUGAGGACAUCUUGAUCAACGCUCAAAUUAAUAAUGAUUAUCCCAGCAGUAUUAUAGCUGCACAGGCUAUCCUAUUCUUAAACAGUUACUUUCAUGCUAAAAAUCGAAGUCAGCAAAACAAUCAGAUUGUUAACAAAAAAGUCGACAGUCUCCCGAUUGACUACGGAGCCGAACGAACCUGGACAGAUUUCAGACUCCCUGUGCCACCAUUCAUUCCGGAGUCGAGGUUGGAUGGAUGUGUCUUGAUAGAUAUCGAGUACAUGUUACAUUUCAGGCUAGAAUUUGAUGAUGGCGAUUGUGCCGAGGCAAAGAUUCCCGUCGUCAUUGGCACUCCAGUGGAAGAAAGGAAGAAACACGGGAAAGGGGCCUGGAAUGAAAAAGAUUACCCAAUAAGUUCGGGAGAUAAUUUUGACUUUACUGGCAACGCAUUUGAUGACAUCAACGUGGAUAAGAAGGAUCUCGAAAGAUUUAGACAUCCUAUGGAGGAAGGCGAGACUAAGGAUAACAUACUUUUCCAAGAGGACUGAGUCCAUUUAUUUAUCUGCUCUUCCGCACUCAGCUAUCUAAUUACUCUAAUUUGCUCCUUCACCAUUCGAAUUAUUAUUUUGAAAAUUACAAAGUUUUAUUUUCAGUUAUGUUUAAUUAGACACAUAAAGGCGUUAGAUUCGUCAAAAAACAAAUUUAUGUAUGUAUCUAUUUAAUUCAUUUAAUAAUUCAUAUAUACAUACACGUUUGUAUUGUAUACAUAAAUACGCGCGUGUGUAUAUAAAGAUAGAUUAUUAUUUUUAUUAACAAGAUUUCGUGUACAUACACAGUGAUGCAUAUGUAAAAUAAUUUUAAAAUAAAAACUGUUCAAUGUAUAAAAUGAUUAUUGUAGUGUUACAAUAAUCUCUACAUCGAUUCAUUCAAGCUUAUUUCGUUCAUGAUUUGAAAAAUGUUAACUGAAAUAAAUGAAAUAUUUUAGCGAUACAAUUAAAAUGUCAUUAACUUAUGAUUAUUUCUUUGAAUAAAUAAAUAAACGGCAUUUUAAAAAAUUCCACAAAAUAUUCUAAGGCAACUAUAUAUAACAUCUAAAAAUUAGCAGAAUUAAUCAUUAUUAAUUAUUAAUUUAUUAAUAUAAUCUUUAAAUCAA